AGAAGCAGAGGGAGCGCGGAUCGCUGCGCGCCAUCCGUUGAGCCUAGCUCGAGAGCUCGCUCCAAGCAAGCCUUUUUUCGCCUCUUUCAAGAUGGAACCGCGCCGGAAAAAAGUGAAUUGUGCCCAGUGCACUUAGCGGUCGAUCGCUGACAGCGCCGCGUCAGUGAAGUCAGGAUACUGUCCGUCCCCGUGCGUGGCGGCCCAUGUGUCCUUCAAACGAGCGCCCGGCCAGGCGCCGGUCCGGCAGGCGGCCGAGCUGAAGAAUCUGUCGAGCCAGCGGCCCUUCGUCGUGGUUCGUCAUGAGUUCGGAUCAGCACGUGGGGCAGCCGCAGCGGACGCCACUCGUGCCGCUCGACGAUAAGAGCCAGAGCGAGCCCCGGCUCGAGCCUCCGCCCGCGUCGCUGGGUUCGAUGAGUGCACUGAGCAGCCAAACAGAGCACAAGAGCCGCGAGCCGCUGGAGCCACCGCUGGUCGAGUAUGGCGACAUCCGGAGACCAUCCAUCAGCGUCAACGAGGGUGAGCUGGGCAGCCAGCCACCGCUCGGCGAGCAUCCGCGCAAGAGCAUCGGCAGCGUCGACUACGGCGACCCAGGGCCCGAGAAGUCCGAGAAGGAAGACAUGCUCACGCCCAUGCCCCCUGUGGCGGGGGACAACGUGGACAUCGCGAAAGAUCAAUUGGAGGGCGGAUGGAACUCUGAAGAGGCCCCCAAGGCUGCUGCCGCGCCUAUGUCUACGAUGCGGGUGCCUCUGGACGCGCGCGGAGAGGAAGAGCAACGUCAGCCUGAAGCAGCUCCGCCACAGCCACAACCGGAGCCACUACCUUUCGUACCGACUGAAGAGAAGCCGCCGCCACCACCAGCAGCAUCCUCAGAAGGUAAGAAGGAGAGUCAUUCGGCUACCACCACGGGCACCACUACUGGCUCCUCGUCGGAGGGCUCGGAGAGCGAGACAUCGACUAGUGGCUCUAGCAGCACGGGUACUAGCAGCAGCGGUACAACUAGUUCCACUAGUUCGACUGGUUCUAGUAGCACGAGUGGCAGCACCAGUACCAGCGGCACUAGCAGCAGCACGACUGGUACCACAACUGCCACGAACACUCGAACGACCAAGAGCAAGCCGGAACCGCAGGAUAAGGCGGCAAAAGCAGCAGUCGCUCCAGCGCCUGCAGUGCCGGCACAGGCGGCUGCCACGGGUCAGCCGUCGCAAAAGCCACCUGGAGAAGUGAAAGCGCCCUCUUCGUCGGAAUCCUCGUCCGGUUCUAGCUCUGGUAGUGACUCCGAAAGCAGUGAGUCCGGUUCGUCGUCAGCAGAAACUGCAGCUCAAAAAGAUGAAGAGAAGCAACCACUCCUGCCCAAGCAACAAGCACCGUUGACAGAGGGAAAGAAGCCUGAAGGAGAGGGCAAAUCCAGUGUAACUUCACCAACCAGUGCCUCGUCAGGCCCGUCUGGCCCGACAUCGGGAUCAACGUCAGGCCCAUCUUCUGGCCCCACAUCUGGUCCAACGUCGGGACCAACGUUGGGUCCGACAGCAGCAAAGAAGAGAGCGCCCUCAUUACCACCACCUAAGCACCCGCCCGUGCCUCCAGGUGGACUCAGGCCAAAUCGGCCACCUCCGAAGCCGCCACAGCCAAAAGCCCCACCGCCACCUGAGAAACCGCACAAAGGGAGCGGAAAGUUGGGGAACGAUCCUUCAAUGUACGCCGUAUUGAACAACGAAGCGCAUCGAGAUGCCGAGCACAGAAAUAGUCGGAUUCCUUGCUGCCUGCUCGUGGCAAAUAUCGUGGCAGCUCUCAUACUCGUCAUCAUCUCCCAUGCUCUCAUCGUGUACGAUCUCGAACGACGCGCCUCGAUGACCAGUACUACGGCACCCCCUGAAGUGAGGGAACACGAUUAUGUGUGUCGGGAUGUACAGUGCAGUGCAGCUGGCACUCACCUCUUUUACGUGCUGAAUGCAAGUGCUAGGCCUUGCGACAGUAUCUACAACUACGUAUGCAAAAGUUGGAUACACGAGGGGCCUCAGAACUACCGAAAAAUAGUCCUUGGCGCCGAACGCAUCCAUGUUGACAACAUGUACACUGAAAUGAAAAGCGCCCUACUCAGCCAUCAGGCAAUGGCUAGCGAAUCAAUGGCCGUAAGGAAAGCUACUGCACUCUUCAGGCUGUGCUUAGAAGAGCCAAAGAAGCAACCAAAGAAUACAAACCUAAUAUUAGGAGUAUUGAAUGAGUAUGGUCUCUCUUCGUGGCCCUACUCAGAAAGUGCUCCUUUAAAUGCUUUCUCAAGUCCGUACGUAAGCCUCGCGAAGUUUAUCCGCGAUUCCGGUGUCGGCGCGGUUGUGGCUGUGAAAAAGCUACCGGACCCCGAAGAUACUCAUGCUAGACUGUUUGCCAUUGACUGCUCCAGUUUUGUUGUGCCAAUGGGCACGCUCCUGUCUUUUGCGGAACAUAAAAGCGACACUUUGCUCGGUUACAAAGCAUACAUUGCUGACGUCAUAAAAGAAGUGCGACCUCAAAGACAGGACAUAGAGAAGCUGGCCACAACCAUUAUGGCGUUUGAAGUCAACAUGGCACACCGUUGCAACGAAGGAUGUCGCAAGAAAAGGCUUAAGAGGACGACCUUCGGGGAUUUGAAAGCUGAAUUGAACAGCAAAGGUGUGAACUGGGAACAGUUUAUAGACAUUGUGGCUUCAGGCAAUUCAAAUGUUGGGCCGAACAGUCCCGUCCUCGUCCGCUCUGCGCGGUACCUUAAAAGCGUCUCCAUGCUUUUUGAAGACCAGCAAACACUGCGGCGUAUGAUGAGCUAUGUAGGGUGGCGGGUAGUUCAUCACUUUAUGCGGCACGCUGGCGUUCGCUUCCGAAACUUGACAGAGUCGUUCAUGACGGCGAGGCUCAAGGAAGAAAGGUUCCCGUACGACAGAAGCUGUCUCAGAGACGUCAACGAUGUCAUGCCUUUUGCCGUGGGACGCAUCUUCGCUGAGACAGUGUUGUCUCGGGACCGUUUUGAGCACGCCGCGCGGACUGUGACUGCUAUCAUCACAGGUUUUCAGCUCGUGCUCAGAGAGUUUCAGUGGGCCCCUCUGGAUGUGCAAUCCAAAUUCUCUAGAAUGGAAUACAUCGUCAGCUACCCGGAGUGGAUAAAGAAUUUUUCCAGACUGAACGUCUUUUAUGCAGAUGUAAGAACAGACGGAUCGUAUUUCGAACGCUACAUCAGCGCCUCGCGGAAUCGAUAUCAGCGUUACCUCUCUCCACUACCGAGGAUGUCAUACAUGCACCGAAGGCUGGCAGAGUUCAUCUUCCCUUCCCGCAUAGUCGACCUGGAGCGGCGCGUAGGCCCUCCACGCGAGACCAGCUUCUACGACGCUCGCGACAACACGCUCAUCGUGCCGGCUGGCUCCAUGCAGCCGCCUUACUACGACCCUAGGGGUCCCUGGGGUCUCACCUUCGGAGGUCUCGGAACCAUGGUCGCCCGGGACUUCAUCAACGAGAUGUUUCACACGCCCGAAGGAAUCCUAAAAGAUGAUAAGCAAAGGACCACUUUCAAGGACAAGACUCAGUGUCUGCUGGAUCACCUCAAGAAAGGAUUGGACCCGAACGCAAACCCCGGCUGCUCGAGCAUCGUCACGGACGUCUUCGCGCUCCGGGUGGCGUACGAGGCGUACCAGAUCUUUGUCGACGGCAAAGACGAUCAGACGCUCCAGGGCGUCGCGCACAUGACACCGGAGCAGCUUUUUUUCAUCUCGGCCGUGCGAACGCUGUGCACCAGCAUCAGGGAACAGCACUUCGCCCAAGUUGUGCUUCUGCGCAAACCUGUCAUGGAGAUGGAGCUCAUCGACCCCGCCGUGAUGAGCAUGCGAGAGUUUGAGGACGCUUUCGACUGCAAGACGAGCAACAUCACGGCUGGCCAGAACCUGUUCAACAAGUGUUUCUACCCUGCUCAAGCAUCGUGACUGUACGCAUCCCUGCAAGGCGAGCAAGUUCUGGAAUGAAGCAACUUGAGUGAAAGCUUGGGCAUCCACACCGAAACGCCGACUCAGGUGUGUCCUUUGCGGUCGCCUCUAUGUGGUCGCGCGGCUCCGGCUGGCUCGAUGCUCGAAGACGAAAAUGUCUGUGCCUGGACGUUUCUUGCGUCAAUUUUGACCCUCGAACUAUGGCGAAACGUGGCACUGUAAAUAUGUUAAUACAAACAAUCGUACGGGGCCUUCAUCACAUUCUGUUCUUUUUUUUCUUCUUUACAGUUGAGCGGACUGGUUAGCAGGAAGUUUUGUCGUGCGCUUUUUGGAGACUGGCUAGACUCCUUUACCGCAAGUUGUUGUGCAAAAGUUUGUGCGAUGAACUAUUUUUAUUAAAGUCGCACUCUCAAUGUG